UUGAAUUAUUAUUGACACAGAGACGAGACACUGAGCUACUUGACCACAUUUGAAAAUACAAAACAGGACCGAGGAACUCUUGCUCUCAAAACCUAUCGAGUCAGGUAUCAGCUGAAGGACUAAGAGUAGCGGCAGCCAUGGCUCACGGAUGGGGAUACGGAACAACUAACGGACCUGACAAAUGGGGGGAAGAUUUGCCUGUGGCCAACGGGCCCAGACAGUCUCCUAUCAACAUUGUCCCCAAGGAUGCCCAAUACGACAAGUCUCUGAAGGCUCUGCAACUCAAGUAUGACCCCUCCAACUCCAAUGGCAUCCUCAACAACGGACACACUUUCCAGGUGGACUUUGUGGAUGACACGGACAGUUCCACCCUGACUGGAGGUCCCAUUUCUGGAACAUACCGUCUGAGACAGUUCCACUUCCACUGGGGAGCCAGUGAUGACAGAGGCUCCGAGCACACUGUCAACGACAUCAAGUUCCCUUCUGAGCUUCACCUGGUGCACUGGAACACCAAGUACCCAAGCUUCGGAGAUGCAGCAAGCCAGCCUGAUGGACUCGCUGUGGUUGGGGUCUUUCUCAAGAUUGGUGCUGCCAACCCCAGUCUUCAGAAAGUUCUGGAUGCCUUGGAUGCUAUUAAGAGCAAGGGGAAGCAGACCACUUUUGCUGAGUUUGACGCAAAGACUCUUCUCCCUGGUUCUUUGGAUUAUUGGACCUACGACGGCUCCCUGACCACACCCCCACUGCUGGAGAGUGUCACCUGGAUCGUCCUCAAGGAGCCAAUCAGUGUCAGCCCUGCACAAAUGGCCAAGUUCCGCAGCCUCCUCUUCACUGGGGAUGAAGAAACUCCAUGCUGCAUGGUGGACAACUACCGACCCCCUCAACCUCUGAAGGGCCGUCAGGUCCGCGCCUCCUUCGAAUAAACUCAGCUUCAUUCCCUCCUUCACAGUCUCAUCCUUCUAUUGUUCUCCACAUUCAGUUUUUGAUUUACCUUAUAAUUUUUCUUAAAAUCAUCAUAAUGAUGAAGCAACUUGAAAAGUAGAAAAAAAAUCCACCUUAUUAUACUUUCAAUGACUUAGACUAUGUGAAUGUAUCUUAAUUAAAUCUUAAUCUUAAUUGUCACAUUUUAAGUUCUUAAGAUGUGACACACACAGAAUGUCCCGCCAUACACUGGCAUAACACAAUGGCCCAAUAAUUUUGAUUUACACUAACUAACCAAGUAGUCUAAAUGACUACUAGCAAUGGGACAGGAAUUGUGACCCAUGAUCUCCUCAUGUUGUCUUUACCCUGUUGUGGAUCUUAUAUUCUCUGACUAGUCGAAAAGUAAUCAACAUCCUUUUUUGUUUGUAUGACAAUACAGUCUGCUUUAUCAGAGGUAAAAUAUAUCCAUCUAUCUAUUCAUCCUUUGAGAGUCAUGGGGGUUCUGGAGACAAUCUCAGCUGACACUGGGCAAGAGGAGGGCAACAAUCUGGACAGGUUGCCAGUCUAUCAUAGGGCUUAAAAUAUUAAUAUAUAUAAUAAUUUUUUCAACAUAAUUUUAGAUAUCCUACCAAAAAUAGGAAUCAUGUUUGGGUUAGAAUUUGAAAUUUGAAUAAUAAUUCCAAUCAACAAUAUACAGUAUUGUAUUUUUAAUUAAUGCAAUGAAGUUUAAAUGAGACUGACUACAGUUCAAAAUUACUCCUAGCCAAAACUUGGUAAAUAAACAAUGUAUACUUUAAUACAUUAGUAAUAUGCUUGGCCUUGUUUGAAACUGAAAGCCUUUAUCCAUUUACUGAAGCUCUUUCUAUGCAUUUGGCUUUGAUGUGAAUUGCUGCUGACAGAUUCAGAUUGUUUAAGCAAAUGUUUUUAUUGAUGCCUAUUUUUGUCAGUUUGAGACAACAUAGUUAUGCGUUUUGGCCACCCCCAAUAAACUGGUACUUAUACAAGUACAUUUGUAUGCUUGUGAUCACCUGAUGGUAACACUGACUAUGCCUUGCUACAGUAUGUUUUGAAAGACCGACCUGCCUUGCAUUGGAUGAUGCAAUGCCCACACUAAUGCAUGUUUGAACCCCAAUAAUGUGCAUCAUGUGGACAUGGCUAUAGCCAACUCAUCCUAUCAGUGACUACAGUGCAAUUGUCACACCAUUUUUAUGAGAACUAAACUGAACUACCUAUAAUCAGUGCAUUAAACAUUAGCUUUUGGGCACAUUUAAGACUGCUGUUAUGCUGGCAAGAAAUCAAUCAUCAAUGACUACGUUAACCUCCAUCUAACAGAUCAUUGGCAGAUAACAUUAGAGAAGAGAGCAAUGUUUCUUUUCGCUUUUAUAUCAAUGUUGAAAAUCAAAUUUCACUGGCUAACGUGAAACUGCCAUAACUCAAGUGUGUCACUUAAAACUUGUCACAGAUGGAAAACAUAUUUUGUGUGAAUCUAUCAUAACAGUCAAUUUUAUCAAUUAAAACUUAAGAUUUA